CGAAUAAACAAAAUGGGCUGUCACAUCCUCACCCAGUCCAUUUCCAAUUCAGAGUGCCCUGUGGCCUGACCAGACCGACCACGCAAAGGCUUCGUUGCGUUGCCUUCGCCAAUCGCCACAACUUAGGGUUGUCAAACUCAAUUCCUUCUUUCACUUUCCCAAUUCCAAUCUCUCUGCUUCUGCUUCUGCUCCUGCUCCUGCUUCUGCUCCUGCUUAUGGACAUACCCCAAGAUCAGCCUCCUCUCGAUUUGCAGAAACUCCCUCAAGAUGGGGACGCGGUUUCCGGGAAUUCGGUGGUGCCGGCUCCCCACCCCAUGGACGUCGAUCAUUGCCACGAUGCCGCUGCUUCUUCACCCGCCGCCAAGGUGAAUGGAAAAUUCAACGAUAAGGUUGCGGAGAAGAGUUUGGGGAUUCGGAAGCGAGGUCGCCCGCCUCGGGGUCAUGUCAAGACGCUGCCGCCGCCGCCCAGGCAGAAGAAGGAUGAGGAGGAUGUGUGUUUUAUAUGCUUCGAUGGUGGGAGCCUCGUGCUCUGUGAUCGCCGAGGUUGUCCGAAGGCGUAUCAUCCGUCAUGCAUCAAGCGGGAUGAAUCAUUCUUUCGAUCCAAAGCUAAAUGGAACUGUGGAUGGCAUAUAUGCAGUAAUUGUCAGAAGGCUUCCUAUUAUAUGUGCUAUACGUGCCCGUUUUCUCUGUGUAAAGGAUGCACUAAAGGUGCUGAUUACCAGUGUGUUAGGGGAAGCAAGGGAUUCUGUGGUUCAUGUAUGAAAAUAAUAAUGCUUAUCGAGAAGAGCACACCUGACGGAGAAGUGGUCCAAGUGGAUUUUGACGACAAAACUAGCUGGGAAUAUCUUUUUAAAGUGUAUUGGAUUUAUUUAAAGGAAAAACUCUCUUUAACUGUAGAUGAGUUGAUUCGAGCUAAGAAUCCAUGGAAAGGGAGCACUAUCAUGGCUCAUGAGGUGAGUGAGCUUCAUGAUGGUAGUAUUGAUAAAGAUCAUGGUUCUCAUAAUUCAUUUAGAAGCUUAAAAUCGCAGAGGAAAAGGCCUACCAGGCAGCAGAGUUCUCGGAAUAAAUUCAGUUCCACAAUGGACAGACCAUGUGGUAAUGAGGGGACACAAUUUUCCGGAAGCACAAAAUGGGCAACUAAGGAGCUCCUGGACUUUGUUGCACAUAUGAGAAAUGGUGACACGACCAGGAUUUCACCAUUUGAUGUCCAAGCUUUAUUGCUGGAGUAUGUGAAGAGAAACAAUCUUCGCGAUCCUCUACAGCAAUGCCAAAUUAUUUGUGACUUGAGACUUAUCAAUCUAUUUGGGAAAUCCUGUAUAGGUCACUUUGAGAUGCUAAAUCUUCUUGAAUCUCACAUUCAUGCAAAAGAAACUGCAGCUGAUAAUGUAACUAGCACAGGAGCUGAUGUAGUGAUCAAUCCAGUUGAAAGCAAAGAGAAGUAUGAUAGCGAACUAGUGGAUGCUUGUGAAAGAAAGCGUAAAAUACGCGAGAAAGAUGAUGAGAGCAGGCAACAGUUAAAUGCAGAUGAAUAUGCAGCAAUUGAUGUUCAGAACAUAAACUUGAUUUACUUGCGGCGUGAUUUGAUAGUGAGCCUAAUUGAUGAUGACAAAAAACUUAAUGAAAUGGUUGUAGGCUCAAUUGUGCGAAUACAGAUUCCAAAUAAUGAUGAAAAGCAUGAUUUUCAUAGGCUUGUCCAAGUUGUAGGCAUAAGCAAGAUCUCUACACCAUAUACAAUUGAUGAGAAAACAACUGAUGUGAUGCUAGAUAUACUGAACUUGGACAAGAGAGAGACCGUGUCCAUUGAUGGGAUUUCUAACCAAGAAUUUUCUGAGGAAGAAUGUAGGCGUCUACGCCGGAGCAUAAAGUGUGGGCUUGUCAAGCGUUUCAGCGUUGGUGAAAUUCUGGAAAAAGGAAGGGAACUUCAUGCAUUGAAGAUUAAUGAUCUGCUUGAAAAAGAGAUCUCUCAACUUAGUCACCUUCACAAUCAAGCAAGUGAGAAGGCCAACAUGGAUGAAAUAAGAGAUCAUGCAGAGAGAUUACAUCGUCUCAAGUCACCUGAAGAACGACAGCGUAGGCUUCUCGAAAUUCUUGAAGUACGUUCUGAUCCAACUAUGGAUCCAAGCUAUGAGUCUGAAGAAGACAAGGAUGAAUCAAACAAGAAAAGACAAGGAAGUCUCAAGAGAUCUAGAAAUUGUGACACUGAUGAAAAAGAGGGGGAGCUUACUUCACCAAGAAAGGGAACCAAUUCAAAUAUUAGUGGAAGUGCUAUGCAACAAAAUUCGAGUAGUACUUCAGAGCAAAGUAGAAAUAUUUGCUUACCAGCUUACGUAAAUAAAGAAGGUGCCUGCUUGCCCAGUGACAGGACUUCUGAAACAUCGUGGGCAGGAAGAGGUCUUGUGCCAAAUAAUUGGAAUGUACCCAGCGAGGUUAAAACUGCCACUCCCGUGACCUCUGAUGGUAAUUAUCAAGUAGUCUUACCUGAAGCCUCAAUUCCACCACUUUCUAUUGGGAUAGGAAGUUCUUCAAAUGAUGCGGAAGUGGAAAGGAUAUGGCAAUACCAGGAUCCUGCUGGAAAAGUUCUGGGUCCAUUUUCUUUGACGCAUUUACGUAAUUGGAAAAAUAGCGGACACUUCACUUCUGAUCUCAGAGUAUGGAGGAUAACUGAAUCACAAAAUGAUUCCAUACCAAUAACCAGCGCAUUGAAUGGAUGUCACAACAAAACAUCUUCAUUAUGGCACAACAGUCAUCUACUGAGUCUAGGGCGAGGAAAUGAACUUUCUUUGGGUGGUUCCGAUCAUCAUAGUGAUCAAAGGAUUGGAGGUACAAAUUCUGUUCGUUUUGCCAUGGGUGUUAUCAGGAAUAGCAACUCCGAGCAGAAAGAUCAUGUUGCAAUUUGUGAUGCUGAAAAUGAGCCCAUGAUGAGCACCGGUUCAAGUUCACCUUCUAAAGAUUUGUGUGCACCUGCAGAUACCGUCAACUCUAAUCAGUCUCCAAGCGGGAACCUUGAGCUAGCUGACGACUCAUUGAAGAACAACAGUUCGUGGUCCUACCCAUCCCUAAUGAAUUUACUUUCAUCAGCUACAUUAUCUUUACAGCCACCCGUGACAGAAGUCCACCGGUCCAAGGAAAACCACAGCCCCAGUAAUGAGGAUCAGAACUCGCAGAAUAUUACUUUGGGAGGAAUUCACAGUCAACCUGGUCGCAAGAAACAGUCUAGUAGUGAGGAUUGUUCUAGUCAAUCUUCCGGACAAAACUGGAUCACUCCACCUGCACAUGCUUCCUCUCGUGAAUGGACCUCCAAUUGUAGUGGUCUAUCUCUGAUGGGUUCAGUCAAGCCAUCAGAGAAAGACCGAGAAAUUUUACCUGAUAUUCCUCAUUCCGCUCUGAAACCAAUAAGUGGAAGCGUUGAAAUUAAACAUUCUGCAUCUUCAAGUGUUCUUGUUCAGGAUUCUGGCCCUAGCUGGAGUAGCGCAUCGAGUUUGGUGGGUGGUCGACAACUUCCUAGCCAUCUAGCGGGUGCAUGGGGUGGGUAUUCGCCUGCACCCGGUAGACCUUUUAUUGAGGACUUGAACUCCAGUCUCAUAACUGCAUCUGGUCUGAAAACAUCUGAAGUAAUUGAUGAUCAUGAUACAACCCCAAGUGCAAUAAACUGGCAGGCAAUUGUUGAUGAACCUGAACCCAAUGACUUCAAUUCCUUGGUUGAUGAAUCUGUCUCAGAUUUGUUAGCGGAAGUCGAAGCAAUGGAGUGCUUGAGUGGUUUGGCUUCCACGGCUUCGAUGGUGAAUUGUAGUGAGGAAUUAACACGGGAUUCUAGAAGUGAUUGCUUUUUCUCCGUUGAGGCUUUCAAUCCGGUACCUGAGAUGGGGAAGGUGAAUGCAUUAAGCUCCACUGCAGCCAAUUUGCAGUUUCCAUGUCACAUUAGAGUGAAAGAUGAGCAAUCUUGAACUGCAGAAAACGCUCGACAGUUCUUCAACCAAUAUUCAAGUGGAGGGUCGAAAAACCUUGUAAAAUAUCACCAAACCAAUUCAAAACUCUUUCUGACAAAUACAACCUACGGCAAUUUCCCAGAACUUUGGCUAAUGCAGGAAUACUGUGGAAAAUAAGAUCCGAAGCAAAGCAUAACACUGCAAAAUGGCUUUAGAAAGGAUCACAGGUAAACGAAAGCUCGAUGGAAAUUUCUGCAACCGAUCCUGGAAUGGCCAAAUGAGCAAUUGUUUUAACACAUAAAUGAAGAUUCAGUGUAGAGUGUAGAUCUCCCUGUGGGACAGACAACCGGUGUUGAAAGGCGGAAAUAGAUGGUCUUCUUACCGUCCGCCACCCAAAGGGCAGCGGAGUCUGUAAAUAUAAUUAUGGAGGAAAUGGUAAUAUGCAAUAGAGGAGGUCCAUGCAUUUUUUGCAUCUGUAGUUGAUACUAGUCCAUUGCAAAUACAGUGCACAUUUGGUUUUACAUUCAUUCUUCGUCGUUAACAUUGUUGUAAUUUUAACCUAAAACCUGCAAAUUAGAAGUCCUGUGGAAUAACAUGCAUAUCAAUAAUACCUGAUUGUUUUAGAGACUUGCA